AAUUAAACAAAGGGUUAAACUUGAUUUAAAGUUGCUGUGUCCUAUAGGCCAAAGGUAGUACUACAAUUGGUACUAGGUUUUGGGUCACAGGCUCCAACGGCCUUGGAGCUAUUGAAAGAAAAGGCCUAAUUUUAGGGAAUUAAGCCGGCUAGCUUGCGUGAUGCCCCGCCGCUAAGUCUGGAGAGUGUGGAUCUGAAUAUCCGUCGAAUAUCCAACCUAAAACUGAUUUUGAGUUCAACCGAAAUGAAAAAUAAAUAUAAAAUAAAAUGAAUCUAAAAUAAAAGUCUAUAUGGAAAUACGAGUUGCGCAGUAUAGAAUAAGGAAAAGAAAACUUAAGUAUCGAGAGCAGUAAGUAUUCAUUGCAGAGAAAUAUUAACUAUUAAUAUAUAUAGCCUAUGUAUAAAUGUACAGCUCUGAGACCAUGUAACUAACGCGAAGUGCUUUAGAAAUGUAUUACUAUUAUUAGGCUUUGAUUUGCUAACUUGCGAAAAAGUUUUGCACAGAUUUCCUGUUUGUACUAAUUGUUUAAUUAUAAAGAGCAGUCCGUCAUUCCUAUGGAUUAUUGCAAUCAUUGCGUAAUUAACAGAGACGUAUUUAAAUAGUCCUCCGUACUUGCGUAGUAAAUAGCGCUUUAUUUGGUUGGUUUAAUUACAUUUUUCCACAAUAGUGAGCCCCGUGUCGGAUAUUUCAUUGGCAGACUGCGAUACCCGGAAGCUGCUUUCUUUGCAGAUAUAAUCCCGGAGCCCUGAUCGUCUAAGCCAUGGCUCACCGUUCCCAUGAAGAGGUCUCGCUCGCUGGCCUCUUGCUGGAUUACCUGAAGGAGCUCAGUGGUGCCCAGCUGAAGGAGUUUAAAUUUAGACUGAGUACCCCAGUAUAUAAAGAGUUAAAGCCCAUUCCUUGGGGUCAGCUGGAGGACAUUAAAGAUGAACCGGACAUCGCCUCCAUAAUGAGAAGUUUCUACAGUGAAGACAGUGCUCUCAAAGUCAUGCUUGAAAUCCUGGGGAAGAUGAACCUGAAUGACCUUGCUUUGAGACUUAAUAAAGACCUGCAUGCCAGUGUGCAGAUGGACGAUGAGCUCCAAUCUAAAUGUGACAUCCAGAGCAAGAAGUACAGAGACGUCCAAAGACAAAUUAAAAGCAGACUAAAGGAGAAGUUUCAAUGUAUAUUUGAGACAUUACCAAAACAAGGGAAGACCAUCUUCCUCAAUGAUAUCUACACGGAGCUGUACAUCACAGAAGCUGGGAAUGGGGGAGUAAAUAAUGAACACGCGAUCCGGCAGAUUGAGACAGAAUUCUGGAAAAAUGCUUCCCCAGAACACACCAUCAAAUGCAGUGACAUCUUCAAACCUCUCCCCAGCCAGAGGAAACAUAUCAGAACCGUUCUGACUAGAGGUAUCGCAGGUAUUGGGAAAACGGUGUCUGUGCAAAAGUUUGUUCUUGACUGGGCAGAAGAAAGAGAAAACCAAGACAUGGAUUUUGUAUUUACUCUUCCUUUCCGUGACCUAAAUCGGAUGAAGGAGAAACAGUGUAGCCUCAUUCAGCUCAUUCAUCGGCACUUUCCAGAAAUAAAAGAAAUGGAAAAGAUCUUGUGGGAGAACUUGAAGACUGUGUUUAUCCUUGAUGGCCUGGAUGAAUGCCGUCUUCCCCUUAAUUUCAAAGACAAUGAGACCUGGAGCGAUGCAACAGAGACCACUACAGUUGAUGUGCUGUUAACCAACCUUAUCACAGGGAAUCUCCUUCCCUCUGCUCUCCUCUGGAUAACCUCCCGGCCAGCAGCAACCAAUCAGAUCCCGCCUGACUGCAUCCAACAGCUGACAGAGGUACGGGGGUUUAAUGAUGCACAGAAGGAAGAAUACUUCACCAAAAGGUUCAGCAACAAGGUCCUGGGCAACAAAAUAUUUGAGCACAUUAAGACAUCAAGGACCUUGUUCAUCAUGUGUCACAUACCGAUCUUCUGCUGGAUUUCAGCAGCUGUACUUGAGAAACUAAUAGAUGAAGAAGUCAAUAACGAAAUACCCCAAACUCUGACCCAAAUGUACACUCACUUCUUGCUCAUUCAAAUAAGCCUUAAAAAACAAAAAUAUCAAGGGAACUAUGUGAGAAAUUCCAAAUUGUUGUUGAAGGAAGAUAAAGAAAUGAUUCUUAAACUUGGUGAGCUCUCCUUUCAUGGCUUGGAAAAGGGGAAACUGAUAUUUUAUGAGGAUGAUCUAGAAUCUUAUGGCAUUGAUGUCCGUGAUGCGUCUGUGUAUUCUCAUCUCUGCACGGAAAUCUUUAUUGAAGAGUCUAAAUUCUACCAAGAAAAAGCAUACUGUUUUAUACACCUGACCUUUCAGGAGUAUCUCGCUGCUCUGUAUGCCGUUUACAAAUUCACACAAGAGAACAAAAAUGUCCUGCACCCAUACUAUGGGGUAGAAAAGCAAGAACAAUGUGAAGUGACAAAUAAGCAUGAUGUCAAGGAGGAAAAAAACAAUAUUUUUCAAAUGUGCAAGUUUAUACAUCGUCUCUCCAAACGAAAAAGAGCCUCAUUGCCUACUUUACACAAAAGUGCCAUAUACCUGGCCUUGUUGAGUGAAAACGGGCAUCUGGACCUUUUUCUCCGUUUCCUUCUGGGCUUCUCACUAGAAUCUAAUCAGACUUUGCUUGAAGGUCUGCUGACAUCAACAAGAAAUGCAAACUGGAGUGCUAAGGUGACAGUCAAGUACAUCAAGAAGACGAUCAAGGUGGACUAUCCUCCAGAUAGGAUUAUUAAUUUUUUCCACUGCCUGAAUGAAUUGAAUGACCAUUCACUAGUGGCGGAAAUCCAGACUUACUUGAAAGCAAGAAAUCUUACAGAUACCAAACUGGAACCGUACCAGUGCUCAGCCCUCAGCUUUGUGUUACUUACAAAAGAGGAUGUGCUGGAAGACUUUGACUUUAAGGCCUACGGGGAUGCAAUCAUCUGUUUAGAGAGGUUAUUACCAGUCCUGAAAAUUUGCAGGAAUGCCAUGCUAGACAGUUGUAAUCUUAGAGAUUCGUCAUUUGAAUUAGUGGCAUCAGCUCUCAAAGUAACUAACCAUGUGAGAGAGCUCAACCUGAGCUACAAUGUGCUGCGGGAUACAGGACUGACGUUUCUGGCUCGUCAACUGAGCAGUCCUCACUGCAGAUUACAGACACUUCGGCUAUCGAGCUGUUAUAUCACUAAGGUAGGCUGUGAGAUCCUGGCCUCAGCUCUGAGCUUAAACGCCUCACACCUGAGAGAGCUGGAUCUGAGCUACAAUGAUGUAGGAGAUGGUGGUGUGCGAGUGCUUUGUGCCGAAUUGAUCCGUGCAGGUUGUAAACUUGAGAAGUUGAAGUUGGGUAACUGCUGCCUCACAGAGGUGUGCUGUGGAGAUCUGGCCUUACUGUUACGCUUUGAGCUGAGGGAGUUGGAACUGAGAGACAAUGAUCUCAAAGACUCAGGAGUGAAAUUACUUUGUGGUGGACUUGAAGAUCCCAAGUGCGGACUACAGCGACUCGGACUGUCAGGCUGUUGGGUCACAGAAGAAGGCUGUGUUUUCCUGAGUCAAGCCCUUCAUUCAAACCCCUCACACCUGAGAGAGCUGGAUCUGAGCUACAAUCACCCGGGUGACUCUGGACUGACAAUGAUCUCUGCUGUGCAGGAGGAUCCCAGCUGUGUACUGGAGAAGCUCUUUGACGACCAUUGUGGAGAGGACAGAGACAAGCCAGGGCUGCAAAAAUAUUUCUGCAGUAUCAGUCUGGAUCCCCUAACUGCACACAUGUGCUUGUCCCUAUCUGAUGGGGACCGAACAGUGACAUGUGAAGACAUAUGGACAGAGAGGUAUCCCAACCACCCAGAUUGGUUUCAGAACGAAAUACAAGUGAUGUCCCGGGAGAGUCUUUCCAGCCGCUGCUAUUGGGAGGUCAGGGUCAGAGGGCGUGUCGAAGUUGGGGUGGCGUACCCAGGAUUCCCAUGGAAGUAUGAUAGUCCUGGCAAUAAGAAGUCUUGGCUUCUCCACUGCUUCGGUAUGGGUGACAACUCACUUUGUCACAUCAGGAAGAGAGCCCGCCUGCAGAGGCUGCCCUUUGACUUAGAGACUCUGGGCGUGUACUUGGACUUCCAGGCUGGCACCCUGUCCUUCUACAAGGUCUCCCCAGACACCAAGACCCACUUGUACUCAUACAGCAUUGCCUUCACUGAGCAGCCCCAUGCGUUGAUCCGCCUGACGCUCCCUGCCUCUGCCUCCCUGCACAAUAUUUGAUGGCCCAAAGAGGAUGGGCAUAGAACUGAGUAAGCAUGGCAUCAAAGGACAGCAAACCUCGAACCGUGAACCAUGCCCUUACUGCUCAUGAUAAAUACAGAAUUCCUGUUACAGCGGUGUAUGUUGUGAAUUCAUAAAUCGUACGUAUACAGUAUGUUCACCCACCCAUCCAUCACCCACCAUAUGUCCAUAGCAAAGGCAUUGCAGCAGGAAGUUGUAUAAUAAACUAACACAUUUCAAAGUAGUGGUGAACGUAGAAUAUUUAUUUUGCAAAUCUGCAAUUGUGCUGACAGUUGUAAAACUUUGUUUUAAAUUGUAAUUUGGUUCCAUUUUUUCAAUAAGUUUGUCUGAUUUUGAUUAAUUUCCUCUGUGUUGUAUUUAUAUUUAAUAUUGUUUAUAUUUAAGAAGGGAAAGGGAAUUGUAUUUGAUUAAGGGUUGUUUCCUUUAUUUUUGUCUACAUUUUGACUGCGGUCAUUAUACGUCAUUUCCUGUAUGCCGGCGGGAGAGUAAUAAGUUGACAUAAGCGGCUCUGGAGUUUUUGGACUGCACAAGGGGUUAAAGGAAGCAUCUAGCAAGCAUGCAUUUUCAGUAUCAAACUCCCCUCUUAGCUCAAAAUUUAGCGAAUAUGUAAUUGAUGUAUUUUGAUUGUAUUUGUCAUAUCGUUAGUUCUACGGUGUUUACGGCGGUGCUUAGGUGUUGUGAAUAAACAUCUGUGUUCAAGACACUUGGAA